AUGAGCCACGGGAUCGAGAUCAUUGAUCCGGGGGCCGGGUACGACGUUGACCCGCUACCCCGCGACGACGGCGGCGGCCGCUUCGAUUACGAUGACAUUACCGAGAUCAAACCCGCACCUGUCCAGCGCAUGUCCAGCCUCAGCAUCCAUGAGGUAAAGCCAAAUACCAAGGCCCGGCGAGACUCGGCGCUUGACAGAGAUAACUUUGCAUACUGGCGUUUUGAAAAAGAGGGGGACGACUGGAGCCAGGCCGUACGUCGUGCUCUCAUCGCGCCUCAGAAUGAGAUCGAGAGAAUGGCAAAGAAGGGCAAAGGUUCCGUGCUGGCAGAGACCAAGCGCAUGAGUAGUUUGCGCUCGGCCCAUCUACAGCGCCUCGUCGACAAGCUCAACGAUGAGGAACCGGGUAAUGCAAGAUGGGAGCCCGUCUAUAUCGAGUCCAACAAGGUCAACCGCAGGACGGGCAGAAUCGAGUGCAAGAGCAUGGAUGUCAUCUUCAAGCGCCGGCUACCGUCGCCGAGACCGAGCGUCAGGUAUCGCAGCACGUCUGGCGGCGAGCUUGUCGACGUUUUCGCCGAGAGCAAGCCCAAAGGUGACAAAAAGGACAAGGACAAGACUAAAGAUAAGAAGGACAAGGACCGCUCUGCUUCUCCCAGUCGAGAUUCGUUGGUGGAUGAUCCUUUCGGCAACCAGAAGUUCUUUCACUCGUCUGGCAAGCCUUUGGAUGACAAGAGUGGUCUGCCCAUGGUGGAUGGAGGACUCCUCGAUCUUCAAGACCCUGCCUUGCCCACAGAGAUCCCGCCCGAACGGCCGAUCGGCUACAGGGAGGAGAGAGGUCGAGGCGAUAAAAAAGACAAAAAGGACAAGAAAAGGGGCAAGUCUCGAGAGGCGGACGACAUCUACGGUGAAAUUGUGGAAGUCGGCGACUUCGAAGAUCCCGCUGGUGUGGUCGCUGAUUCUCUAGACUCGAUGCUCCACCGUGACCCCGAAGACAUGCCUGUUAUCGAGCCAGGCGGCAGCCGAUCGCGGUCCCGUCGUCGCUCCAAGAGUAAACGGCGACGGUCGCGGGAUCAGCCCGAGUCCAUCAUCCUUCCCCCCAAUUAUCAGACGCGGCGGUACAUGGGCGAUCAUGGUGACAGCUCGUCCGAGUCGAGCUCGGAAUCUCGUUACGGUAUUAUCGACCGCGAGGAGCUUAGCUCACGUACCUCGUCCGCGACUUACCCAAGCAUAGGUCGCCGGAGUAGCCACUUUGACGAUGACCGACCGCGCAAGGUCUACAGAGAACAUCACCCUGGUCCCAGCCGUGGCGGCCAGAAGUACUACCACGGUGAGACCAGGGUGUACGAAGAGCCAUCCCGCUCCAAGCAGCGGUACUCUCGCAGCUACUACCCUCCAGCCGAGCGCAUCCCCGAGGCCCGCCAGAUCGGCUUCCGAGACUACGCAGGCGAAGUCGUGCCUCGCAGCUACGUUGAGCCCGACUCAUACUACCCACCUCGGGCACGCGCCGGCCCUCCUGCCAUGAGCCCCAUCCUGCACUACCCUGGCGAGAUGCCGGAGAAACGUGCCGAGAGUUACAUGCAACAGAGCAUCCGCGAUGAGUUUCUGGACCGCCGCGAACGCAACAUCCGCGACCGAGAAGCGAGGCUGGACGAAGAGGACUAUCGCCGUCGGGAAUUAGAACGCAUGGAGAGGGAGAGGGAGCUUGAGGACAUGGAGCGGAGAGAAGCGGAGGCGAGGUACGAAGAUGAGGUGAGGAGGGAGUAUGAGCGUAGGAGGAGGAUGGAUGAUGAUAGGCGGUAUCAUGAGGAUCGGUAUCGGCCCGGAGAUGUGGGCUAUGAUCGAUAUUAG